AUGGUUCCAUCAACAGAGGAGGUAGAUUACCUGAGGGAGUGUUUAAAAGAGUCGACAACAUUGCAUUCCUCUGGUGGCACUCUUGUUGAUUCCGAUCUAUCACAGACCCCAACACAUCAACAGCCGCAGCUACCACUACAACCACAUCAACUUCAACCACAACUACCACAUCAACUUCAACCACAACUACCACAGCAACAACCACCACAGCAGCAAUCAUCUCAACAACCUGAACUGGAUCAACAGCAUCAGUUCAUCUAUCCGCAAACAUUUGAUCAGCACCAGUGUGAGCAGCAGAAUCCAUCACAUCAACGACAAAAUCCACAGGAUCAACAACAGCAAUCGCUAUUAACACCAGAUCAAAUGUCCGAUACAUUCGAGCCACCACAGCCACAGCAACCACCACAGCCACAGCAACCACAACAGCCACAGCAACCACAACAGCCACAUCUACCACAACAGCCACAGCAACCACAACAGCUACAGCCACAGCAACCACAAAAGUGCCUAAACUGCCUCGCGAAAGACGAACAGUUAAAAAUUCAAUCUGACAUGAUAUUGCACCUGAAGAGCAAAUUAGAGAGCUACGAAAAAGAACCUUCCAACAUUGUGGCAGUAGUAGCUAACGACACUGACCUUAACCUUAAGGUCAAACUGGAAGAACUUAAUGACGUCAUCAGAGUCAGAGAUUUAGAGAUUGAUCGACUGAAUGCACUGGUAAAUGAAUUAAAUUCAAAAAUUGCCAGGAUUAAGAAUAACCUCUUGAAUAAUAAAUUUAAACCCAGUCGUGGUGGUGAAGUUGAUGAUGAUGGGGGUGAGGAUGGUGGUGAUAACGAUGGGUACGGUGUUAGUUAUGAUAGCCAGAUCAAAGAGUAUGCACAGCGUUUGAGUAUCAUUGAAGAGAGUGAUAACGAUGAUGAUAGUGGUGAUGAUAACGCUGAUGAUGAUGUUAAUAAUGGUGAUGAUAAUGAUGUUAAUAAUGAUGAUGAUAAUGAUGUUAAUAAUGAUGAUGAUGAUGAUAACAACGAUGAUGACGAUAAUGUUGUUAAUAAUCUAAUAGUUUUUGAUAUGGGUGAUGAGGUUGGUGACGAUGAUGAUGAUAAGAAUAGCGAUAGAGAUACUGGCAAGAAAAAAGUUAAUGAUGUGGUCGAUGAUAUAGCUGAUGGUGAUAGAGAUGAUGAUAGAGAUGAUGAUAGAGAUGAUGAUAGAGAUGAUGAUAGAGAUAAUGAUAGAGAUGAUGAUAGAGAUGAUGAUAGAGAUAAUGAUAGAGAUGAUGAUAGAGAUGAUGAUAGAGAUGAUGAUAACCCAGAGAUAAACGAUGAUAAAAUUGCUAAAAAUAACGUAGAUGAUGGUGAUGGCGAUAAGAAUGACGAUGACCUUGAUGAUAACAGCGGGAAAAAUUUGAGUGUCUUGGAGGAAAUCUUGAGUGUGCACGGCAAUGACCUGCUGACCGACAAACUCUCGGACGAGCAGGAUCCCACGAUCACGAGCGACGACGACGACGAUGAGGAUGGCGAUGCCAUCUGUGACAUUGAUGAAGAUGACGAUGACGAUGGUGACGACCGUAAAACUGACGCAAGCAGAGGAGUGACUGAGUUUGGUAACAGCCGUGAUAAUGCUGAUGAUGGUGAUGAUGAUGAUGGUGGUGAUAUAGCUAACGAUGAUAAGGAUGAUGAUAAUAAAGAGAAUAAAGAUGAUAUAAAUGUGAGUUAUAAGAAGAGGGUGUCGGUUGAGUUGAUCAAACUCAGUGAAGAAAAUAACCUCAAGAUGCAGAGACUUAUGGAUAAAACUGAUUACACUCAUGCUCAUGAUGAAAAUGAUGAAGACGAUGACGACGACGAUGAUGAUGUCGGUGAUGAUGAUGAUGAUGAUAAUGAUGAGUCUAAGAAAGUUGAGGAUGACGAAAAUACUAACAAUAACAACAACGCAAAGAGUAACAGCGAUGAUGGCGAAGAUAAUGAUGAUGAUGAAGAUGAUGACGACGAUGAUGAUGGGGAGGAGGAGCCAUUUCUCAAGAGUGACAGGUGGGAAAGAUUGUUUGAAGACCACACUAGCAAGGCUGCAGCCCACACUAACAUGUCUCUAGAUUUUAAAGAUGAAGACGACGAUGAUGACGUAACGAAUGACAUGAGUCACGCUGAUAACGAGGUCGACAGUGGUGACCUAAUUACAACCAAUAACAACGUCGCAAAUGAGGUCGACUUGAUGAUCACAAACGACCUUGUUGAAAUCGGUAAUAAUGAUGAUGAUAAAGGUGAUGAAAAUGAUAAUGAUGAUGAUGACGACGACGAAGCCAGUGUACUAUCUAAACACAUCCUUGAUCAACUCAUCAAUGACGUCACUGAUAGUGUCGUCAUAAAGGAGGAUGACGAUGAUGAAGAUGAUGUAGCUAGCAAUAUUAUCACCGUUGAUGAUGACGGUGGCCAUUGUAAAAAUGAUAAGAAAGAUGGCGUUCUUAGUGAUGAUUUUUCUGGUGAUGAUGUGGCUAUAGCAACAGCCCGAGAUGAAAUUGAUGAUGAUGAAGGUGAUGACGCUAAAAAACGCAACGCCAGGUUCUUAUAUGAUGAGGCUUUAUCUUUAGACGAUGAUGAUGGCGAGGUUGAUGAUGAGAACACUAAUGAUGGUGAAGGCGAUGUAGACGAUGAAGAAGAAGAUGAUGAUGAGGAGGAGGGAAAUGAUAUAGAUGAUGAUAACAGCAAAACGUUGGAUGAGAAAUUUUUCAAAGAGUAUAAAGCUGACGAAGAUGAUGACGUUAAACCACCAAUAAGAGAUGACGUCAUUGGUGAUAAUCACAUAACUAAAUACACUGAAAUGGUUGCCGAAGCCGUUGAAAUUACGUCACUAUCAUCCGUUAUAUCGAGCGUUUUGAUUGGCUACGAUUUGAAGAUAACCCCCGAUAACAUUGACCUUAUCAAAGAGCAAGUAAAGACCAUUGCAAAACACAUUAUCAGUCAUGAUAAUGCAGAAAGGAUGAAAUUAAACGAUGAUGAAGAAGAAAAAGAAGAAGAUGAGGAUAAGACGAAAAUUACUAAGAAUGAUAAUGAUAAUGGUGAUAAAGUUGUGACUAAAACCGAUCAUUUUUUAGCGCAUGAUAAUAAAUAUAUCACCAGUAGACGUGAUAUCAACGAUGAGGCCGAUGAUAGUGAUGAUGAUGAUGAUCGUGGAAAUAAAGAAAAGUUGAGGAAGUCACUGAAGUUGGUUGACGAAUUGCAAAAGGAAAUAAAAGAAUUGAAGGAACGACUGAACGAAUCAAGUGACGUCAUUCUUGCUGGCGAUAAUGAUGCUGCUGCUACUGCUACUACUACUACUACUGCUGCUGCUGCUACUGCUGCUACUGCUGCUACUGCUGCUACUACCACUACUACUACUAAUUAUAAUGAUGAUGAUAAUGCUGAUGAUGAUGGUGAUGAAAUUAAAAAAUUGAAGACAUCAUUAUCAUCGCCACUGGAUCGGAGGGUGUUUGAAGAUGAAAUGAGAAAGAAGAUAGAGAUGAUUGACAUUCUGCAGGAGAAAGUAAAGGGACAAGAGAAAUUGAUAAUGACCUUGACUGACAACAACGUCAACAGCAACAACGAUGAUAACAUUGAUGCUGAUGACAUCAGCAUCAAUGAUGAAUUGACAGCCACCAACAACCAUAUCAUAAGCACGUCAGCGCUAGAUGAUGAUAACAUCAACAACAUCAACGACAACGUCAAUUUAACAAUGCCAGACGGCGACAACAACAACGACAUGAAUGAAAACAACACUAACAACAACACUAAUGAUGAUGUGAUUGAUGAUAUCAUUAACAGUAAGGAUAGUAUCAUAGUUGAUGACGACGAAAAUGUUAAUGUCACCCAUGCCAACAAUUCAGACAGCAUCAGCAAACAACCAUUUAAUGAUACUCUGGAUUUGAUGAAUGACACCAAGUUGAAAAAGGAGUCUUUAACAGUGACGAACGAGCUACUGCACAGGAUUCUCUCUGAAUCGGUGAGAGUAAGCUUGGAAUCUGAAAAAACUGUCGCCGAGUUCUUCAACAGAUAUAAAAUAUUUACCAAAAGUAUUAACAACUACAACAACAACAACAACAAUAAUAAUACUAAUACUAAUAAUAAUAAUAAUAAUAAUAAUAGUAGCAAUAGUAAUGAUGAUGAUGGUAGUGAAACACGAGUUGAAGACCUAAAUAAUGAUAAUAGCAAGAUUAAUAACGGCAACGGUAGCGUAGCAACUGAAAAUUAUCAACUACAACAACAACGAUUUAGUUGUUUGCCGUCACAACAACAAGGCUGUAGUGAGUUUGAGAGCUUUAUCCGGCAGUCUCUGGAUGGAAAUUUCUCUGAGGCUGGGUCGUUGCUGUCAAUAUUAUACGACGACUACAACAACAAGAACAACAACGACGACGACAUUAACAACAGCACCAGCGGCAAAUCACAUCAGCAACCACCAGCCGACUUAACUGAAAGAUUAAUCAACAGUAUACUUUCCGACCGUUGUUGCAAUGGGGAUAGUGAUGAUGGUCACGUGCACGGUGAUCACGUGGCUGAUGAGGAUGAUGAUGAUGACGGCGACGUGACGUCACACCACAAAUGUGGUGAAGUAUUAACUAAUUCGGUUUUAAGACUUCAGACGGCCAUAACAUACAUGAUUGGCUACAUAGAAGAAUGUGACAGCAAGUAUCAGCAAACAGCUCAACAGCUGGAGAAACUUAUUGAAGAUCUAGAUGUGGCCAAAGCCGAGAAGGAACAUUUGAAUGUUAACCUGUCCAUGAAAGGCAGAACACUAAUCGACGGACUAACUUUGGAAAAGUUGGCUCUGGAGCGGACGAUAGCUGCCCUAGAAGAGAAACACGAGAAACUCGUCAGGUCCUCUGAACUGGUCGAGAUCGAGUUGGAAUCCUAUAAGAGGUGUCACGAGGACUUGGAGCUGAAGCAGAAGGAGCUAGAAAAGAAUAGAGAGAUUAUACUCAAUGAGACUGCGGAUUUUGCCACGCAAGAACUUCUCCGAGAGAAUAUGAAGCUAUCAGACGACUGUCGCGACAUGAGCAGGCGUCUAUCGAGAGACAAGCAGCUGUUCGAAAUGCAGCUGAAGGAGCUGGAAGCAGCUAACGAGCAGCUGAGCAAGCAGGUAGAGAAGCUGAAGGAGGAAGGCGAAGUGGCUGCUCGAGACGCCAAGAUGAGGAUGGAUGCCCUGGAGAAACAACUCAAGUCUGAUAAGAAGUUCAUCGAGGCUAGGGACCAGACGAACGAGCGCGAGGAAGAGGCAGAAUUAUUCCAGAGAAGGAUCAAGAUGAUGGAGGAUGCUCUGAGAGAUAGUGAGAAACUCAGCUCUAAUCACCAGAGAAUGAAGAAAGAGAUUGAGAGCCUGGAGGAGCAAUUGAAAGAGAAAAUUGACGGAUAUGCGAACGUGCUGAAUUUGAAGGAGGUGGUGGAGUUGGAUCUAAACCAGCAGAUAGGCACCGUGGCAGAGUUGAGAGAAUGCAUUCGUGCCCUCGAAAAUGAGUUAUCAGAGAAGUGUAGGAGAGAGCAGGAAUUGUCUUUGCAACUGGAAGAGAUGAAGAUUGAGAAAGAGAGAUACCAAUCGAACGUGAACGCUGGGAAUAAACACUCGCCAGCCGACGAUAGCGACGACGAUGACGUCAACGACGGCGACGCCAGCAAAGACGAUGAAAUACACCAUUUGAAAGAAAUUAUUGAUUCUUUGGAGAAGGAAUUGAAAACGUCGAAAGCUGCUGAGAUUAGUUUAAAGGCAGAGAUGGGUAAAGUUAAGGAAGACCUGAAGAUUGUCGAAUCCAAAAUGCAGGACUUGAAAAUGGAUCACGAGAUCCUGGGCAAACAAUCAGUCGAGCAGUUGAUUCAGCUGUCGAACUUGAAGCACCUGGCAGAGGAACGGUGUCUCGAUAAAUAUGGCAGGGCUCUUGCCAGCGCUGGGGGUGGUGGUGGCGUUAGUAAUAACGUCGUCGUCAAUGGCGGUAGUGGUGAUUUGGACUUGAAGAAGAUGAUCGAAGAGAAGGAUAAACAAAUUAACGACCUAACCAGCAGACUGACAGACACAACGCAGAAGCAUGUCCACGAUAAAGAAAUGAUGGAUAGACUGAUGGACGAAGUGAAUGAGCAAAAGUUGAAUCAUACAAGGAUGACAGAACUUAACAAAAAAUUAUCCGACCAGACUGUAAUUCUGAAGUUUAAAAAUGAGGAGUUAUCAAAGACCAUAGAUACACUGAAACUGGCGACAACGUCAUCAACUGCCACGACGACAACAAAAUCAUCACCAAAUGAAUCAUCGAUGAUGUUGUUGAAUGAGGCCUUGAUCGACGAGAAGAACGACUGCAUAGAUGAGUUGAGUGCAGAGGUCGAGAGCUUAAGGUCGCAGUCAAGAUGCAGGUCAUUGCAGACGACGACGACGUCAUCAGCAACAACAGCCAACAACAUCAACAACAGCGCAGCCCUAUCGUACAACACUCCUGAAAUUUUGAGGAAAUCAGACAACAGCACCAGCGUCAGCCAACUGCAACACAUCGGCAUCAGCCAUCAUUUGGGAUUUUCCACCGAUAAUCUCGGGAUUUCUAAGGACGGGAUAGCAUUUUCCGCCGACAAAUUCUCCCAAGUUCAUUUUGAAAAUAGUUUAAAGGCAAAAGCAAUGAUGGAUGAUAAUAACGAAGAGACAGUUUUGAUGGUUGUCGAUGAUGAUGACGAUGGCGGUGAUGAACAGAUUGUAGGAAGGAGAAGAAAUGAAGGAAGGAGUGGGAUCGGUGAGAACGGAAUGGUGGAAGAUUUGGGCGAGAUGUUGUCACCAAUCAAUGAUGACUAUACACACAACAGUGAUAUGCCUAUAACUCAGGAAGACCUCUCCCGUUAUAAUGUAAACACAUUUACUGAACUGGCCAACAUGAUCGAGGAUAAGGAGUCAACCAUCAAACGACUCAAUCAACAACUCGAUCAGCAGAUCAGUGAAAAUCAAUCACUUAACUUAGUGAUUGAUGAGUUGAAGUUGAAACUAGAGCAGACGAUAUCUUCAAGCGACCUAGAACUGAGAAAACUCAAGGACAUGUUGAAGGUCAAGGAGACGGAACUUAAUGACGUCAUCGAGAGGUUGAGUCACGUGGUAGAUCAGAGAACUAGUGAUGAGUUGGAUGCUACAAGGUUGAGUGUAGCACAGCUCGAACAUGUUAUUGAGGUGAAGGAUGAUCAGAUCAGAUCCCUGACGGAUGGAGUUGAAAGGUUGAGACGGGAACUCGAUGAGAGCACGUUAAAUGUUGAAAAACUCUCCACAACAAUAACCACAAAAAAUCUCGAUCUGUUGAACCAAGAGGAGAUCAACCAGAAAUUGCAACAAGUCAACAAAGACCUGCUGCAGAAGAACGAUAACUUGACAUCUCACAUAGAAACCUUAGAGAAUUCAGUCAACAAUACAGAAAAACUGUUGGAGAACUCGCAAAAAUUGUUGAACGACCUUCAAAAACGCCACGAAACUUCAACUGAUUUGUUGAGGAAUAAACGAACGGAAUUAGAACAAAUGAAGGAUACUUGUAAUCAAAUAUUAGCUGAGAGAAACGAUUUAAAAAUAAAGUUGGAUAAUCUGGAAGUUAAACUAGCAGGUGUUGAGCAACAGUCGAAAGAAAAUGUUGAGAACGUGAUUCAACAGAACGCUGAAAGGUUGCAACAAAUGAAUGCCUCACUGAUCUCGAAAGAAAAUGAACUGCAGACCUACCUGACGCAAAUUGAGCAUCUCAGAGAACAGCUACUAGAAUCUGCUGAUAAAUACGAUGAUGUUUGUUUGUCUCUGGAUAGACUCGGUUCUGACAGAAAAACCGAGAUUGAGGCGUUGAAGUUAAUCCACGAGUCGAAUGUUAUGGAGUUGAGUGAAACGCACGAGCAACAAAUAGACAAAUUCAUGCAACAAGUUCAGGAUCUGCAACAACAACUGCAACAUCUUCAGCAACAACUCCAGCACCAACAACAACUGCAGCAACAACAACAGCAGCAGCAGCAACAACAACAACAGCAACUUCAGAAAAAUAAAUCAUCAACUAAUAUCAGAGAUGUUGUGGAUGCAGAGGAGGAGGCGUUACUAUCAGUGCUAAGUCACAACAAUACGCUGACAACAGCAAACACGACAACAACGACGACAUUUGAUGAAUUGCUAUCUGAAGACCUGCUCUCAAUCCUACGAAAGUUACACUCGGAAGCCAUGCGUGUACUCUCCCUAUCUGACUGUCAGUUUCUUGAGAGCCUGGAGAAAAAGAGCAUCGAGAUGGAAGAACUGAAGGAACGGUGGAUGACAGAAAUGGAGAGAAUGAAGGAGGAAAAGAAAGUUUUGGAGGAGAGAUUGAAGAUAGAGGAGGAGGUGUCAACGCUGAAGAUGGAACGACUCAGCAGAAAGUACAAAGAUGCUCGAACGCUGGUUGAGAAGUUGAAAGCUGAUCUGAAUGGCUGCAAAACUGUAGCUCAGGUUUCAAUAGCCCCGUCUCAACAACAACAGCAAUGGCAACAACAAACGUUUCAGCAAGAGAGAGAUAAACUCGUAGAAGAACGUAACAGACUCCAAGAUGACCUCGUUAACCUCAAGGCUUCUAUAGACGUCGAGAGGUCACAGAACCUGGAGUUCGGUAAGAAGAUAGAGAGAUUGCUUGAGGACCGAACGAAAAUGAAGUCAGACAUGAAGAAAAUGUUUGACCUACUUGAAGUUUAUGAGUCAGAGAAAUCCAACCUAACCCAAGAAUUAGCAUCACUACAGCAGCAGCUGUCAAACAGCAACCAGCAGAAGGACAGCUUGCAGAAGCAGCUGGAUGACAUCAAGGUCAAACUGGAUAACAUCGAACAGCAGAUCAAGCAAGCUGAUCGGAAGACAUCAUAUUCAGCAGCGGUAGCUUCAGCAGCUGCACCAUCAUCGCUGAUGAGUAGCGAUAAAUUAUUCCUAAUGAAACAGCUGGAACUUCUGAGGCAGAAACUUCAACUCUAUCAGAUUCUGACCAGGGAUAAGAUGUUUGUAUGCUCUACUUUAUUUGGUGUCGCCCUGGGGGUCCAAAUGUCAAUGGAAUGUGCUGGGUUGCUGAACGAUGUCCUGACUGAUUUUACUAGGACCAUUAAUAAUUUGGAGCUGACAUCAACGGCUGCAGUAGCAAAUUACGAUAUCGAAAUGCUGAACGACAAAAUAUUGCUACACAACAAUCAGCUAACCCAACACAUUCAGAGGUUCUGUAACACCAACAGCAACGACGUCGGCGACAUCAACAACAACAUUGGCAACGUCAACAACAACAUUGGCAACAUCAACAACGACGUGAUUGGUGGCAACAGUAAUACGCUCCAUCUAAAUAAGCAUCCACAAGAAGCCCACGGCAACAUGAAUACAGAUAACAGAAUGUUAAUUGAUGAGAACGACGACGACGAUGACGAUGACGGGGUGGUGAUGACGUCAUUCGCACGUCACAGUGACGUCGGUUUGAAGGUCAACAGCAAUGCCUACAACGAGUUGCAUGGCCCAGUGGUUGCUGAUAGGAAAAAGCAGACAUCUCUUCACUUGGAUUACGGUGCUGACGUAGAGCAACAUACUCAGUUGAACAACAACGAAAUACACAUGCGUGUCACAUUAACCCAGCAAAUCCAGCGUUUAUACGGCAAAUAUUUGAGAUCAGAGUCGCACCGAAAGUCACUCAUCUUCCAGAAAAAUUACCUCCUGACCAUUAUUUCCGGUUACAAACACGCCGAACUGGACACCAUCAACUCCAUCCAUCACAUCACCAAUCUUGCUCGCCACCAUCACCAACAACAUCCUCAUCAUCGUCAUCACAGUAACUUCAAUAUCGCUAGCAAUGGUGAUAUCAGUAAUAGCAGUGUUUGUAGCCUAGUCGGUAGCGAUCCUGGCGAUGUAGACGGUGUGAUGGCUGUUGAUUUGAAUGUCAAUGAUAGCGGGAUCAAUCGCACGUUGAUCCGGUGUCGGCGUAGUUGGGUCAGAGGUCAGAGUUUGAGUUUGAUGUCGAAGUUCAGAAGUGCGGCGUGGGCUGUUGUUGCUAUAUUGAGGUUGAAGUUUCUCGUUUUGAAGUGGCAGAAGGCUACAAGUUGGACCAGACCGAUGAUAGCUACUUCACAAACAACAUCACAGCCUACUACAACAUCGUCUGCUGCUGGCAACUUGAAGCAUCAGUAUUCUCUGCAAUAUUUGCCGCAGCAGCAUCAGCAGCCACGCCACCAGCAGCAGCAACAACAGUCGCUUCAUCAACGACAAUCGCAAUCUACAAAAUCCCUAAGCCAUGAAGUUAGAUCGGCAAGAAGUUUGACAACAUUAAACAACAACAACAACAACAACAUUAAUAAUAAUAGACAGCAAAGAAAACAGCUGCAGCAACAAUUUCAACACACGCUGCCAACAUCAUCUUACGGCUACAUCAGUGACAUUAACAUCAACGACAACAACAACAACAAUACUAACAACAACAUUAAUGUCAACAACAACAACGACGACAUCAACGAUGUUGUUACCUACAGUAAUAUGAAUAGAAGGACAAUACAGGCGACCCCGCCGACUAAGGAAAAAGCUAGUGCUAAGAGAAAGACCAGCAAUUGCAGCAUCAACAACAACAAUUACAUCAACGCCAACAACAAUUACAUGACAAUUCUUAUGAAGAGAGAUCAAUUUCACGAGGACCAAGUCUAA